GCCCGGGACUGGCCGAGCCGAGGCGGCCAUCGCGGCGCUGCAGCUGCGGAGCCAUGGCCGCUGGCCUGCGAGCCGCCCUGCUGGGCCUCCAGAUGUGUUCUGUGAUGUUCGCCCUGGAAGUCUCAGUGGGCAAAGAGCCCGUUAUCUUUGUACAGAACGGCACGGACGUCCUCCUGCCUUGCACCUUCACCUCCUGCAUUGGCGUCACUGACGCCACCUUCUCCUGGCUCCGGAACCACACAGAGAUCUUCAAAGGAGUGGUAAAGAACAAGGACUCCAAGCCGGAGCCCGAGUCAAGCUACAGACACGGCAUCAAGUACAGGCUGCCUUCCGAUCUCGCCCCCAGCAAGGACAACAGGGAAUUCAACAUCUCCCUUGAGCUCCUGGAUGCAGAAUUCAGUGACUCUGGGAAAUACACCUGCUUUGUCAAGAAUCCAAAGGAAAAAAACGCCAAUCACAGUGGCACCAUCACUCUCAACGUGGUUGUGGAAUUGGAGAAGGUCGACAACACGGUGACCCUGAUCAUCUUGGCCGUGGUGGGGGGAGUCAUUGGGCUGCUCAUCCUCAUCAUGGUGAUCAAGAAGGCCACCCUCUUCAUCCUCAAGAAGACGCGGCAGAAGAAGGAGUGCCUCGUGAGCUCCUCGGCGAAUGACAACACGGAGAACGGGCUGGCUGGCUCCAAGGCGGAGCAGAAAUCUGCCCCCAAAGCCUGA